AUGAAUUUAUUUGCAUUUCUCUUCUUUCAUUCCAUUUACCCCUCUUCGCCUUCUAUCUGUUAUUUUGCUUUAUCUUCUUUCAUUCCAUUUACCCCUCUUCGCCUUCUAUCUGUUAUUUUGCUUUCUCUACUUUCAUUCCAUUUACCCCUCUUUGCCUUCUAUCUGUUAUUUUGCUUUCUCUUCUUUCAUUCCAUUUACCCCACUUCGCCUUCUAUCUGUUAUUUUGCUUUCUCUUCUUUCAUUCCAUUUACCCCUCUUUGCCUUCUAUCUGUUAUUUUGCUUUCUCUUCUUUCAUUCCAUUUACCCUCUUCGCCUUCUAUCUGUUAUUUUGCUUUCUCUUCUUUCAUUCCAUUUUAUUUUGCCCCUUUUUGCCUUCUAUCUGUUAUUUUGCUUUCUCUUUUUCAUUCCAUUUACCCCUCUUCGCCUUCUAUCUGUUAUUUUGCUUUCUUCUUUCAUUCCAUUUACCCCUCUUCGCCUUCUAUCUGUUAUUUUGCUUUCUCUUCUUUCAUUCCAUUUACCCCUCUUCGCCUUCUAUCUGUUAUUUUGCUUUCUCUUCUUUCAUUCCAUUUACCCCUCUUCGCCUUCUAUCUGUUAUUUUGCUUUCUCUUCUUUCAUUCCAUUUACCCCUCUUUGCCUUCUAUCUGUUAUUUUGCUUUCUCUUCUUUCAUUCCAUUUACCCCUCUUCGCCUUCUAUCUGUUAUUUUGCUUUCUCUUCUUUCAUUCCAUUUACCCUCUUUGCCUUCUAUCUGUUAUUUUGCUUUCUCUUCUUUCAUUCCAUUUACCCUCUUUGCCUUCUAUCUGUUAUUUUGCUUUCUCUUCUUUCAUUCCAUUUACCCUCUUUGCCUUCUAUCUGUUAUUUUGCUUUCUCUUCUUUCAUUCCAUUUACCCCUCUUUUGCCUUCUAUCUGUUAUUUUGCUUUCUCUUCUUUCAUUCCAUUUACCCUCUUCGCCUUCUAUCUGUUAUUUUGCUUUCUCUUCUUUCAUUCCAUUUACCCCUCUUUUGCCUUCUAUCUGUUAUUUUGCUUUCUUUUCCCUUCCAUUUUAUUUUGCCCUUUACCUUUGCCUUCUAUCUGUUAUUUUGCUUUCUCUUCUUUCAUUCCAUUUACCCCUCUUCGCCUUCUAUCUGUUAUUUUGCUUUCUCUUCUUUCAUUCCAUUUACCCCUCUUCGCCUUCUAUCUGUUAUUUUGCUUUCUCUUCUUUCAUUCCAUUUCAUUCCAUUUAUCCCUUUUUUGCCUUCUAUCUGUUAUUUUUAUUUUGCUUUCUCUUCUUUCAUUCCAUUUACCCCUCUUUGCCUUCUAUCUGUUAUUUUGCUUUCUUCUUUUCAUUCCAUUUACCCUCUUCGCCUUCUAUCUGUUAUUUUGCUUUCUCUUCUUUCAUUCCAUUUACCCUCUUCGCCUUCUAUCUGUUAUUUUGCUUUCUUUCUUUCAUUCCAUUUAACCCUCUUCGCCUUCUAUCUGUUAUUUUGCUUUCUCUUCUUUCAUUCCAUUUACCCCUCUCUUUGCCUUCUAUCUGUUAUUUUGCUUUCUCUUCUUUCAUUCCAUUUACCCUCUUCGCCUUCUAUCUGUUAUUUUGCUUUCUUCUUUCAUUCCAUUUUACCCUCUUUUGCCUUCUAUCUGUUAUUUUGCUUUCUCUUCUUUCAUUCCAUUUACCCCUCUUCGCCUUCUAUCUGUUAUUUUGCUUUCUCUUCUUUUAUUCCAUUUACCCCUCUUCGCCUUCUAUCUGUUAUUUUGCUUUCUCUUCUUUCAUUCCAUUUACCCCUCUUUGCCUUCUAUCUGUUAUUUUGCUUUCUCUUCUUUCAUUCCAUUUACCCCUCUUCGCCUUCUAUCUGUUAUUUUGCUUUCUCUACUUUCAUUCCAUUUACCCUCUUUUGCCUUCUAUCUGUUAUUUUGCUUUCUCUUCUUUCAUUCCAUUUACCCCUCUUCGCCUUCUAUCUGUUAUUUUGCUUUCUCUUCUUUCAUUCCAUUUACCCUCUUCGCCUUCUAUCUGUUAUUUUGCUUUCUUCUUUCAUUCCAUUUACCCCUCUUCGCCUUCUAUCUGUUAUUUUGCUUUCUCUUCUUUCAUUCCAUUUACCCUCUUCGCCUUCUAUCUGUUAUUUUGCUUUCUUUCUUUCAUUCCAUUUACCCCUCUUCGCCUUCUAUCUGUUAUUUUGCUUUUCUUCUUUCAUUCCAUUUACCCUCUUUGCCUUCUAUCUGUUAUUUUGCUUUCUCUUCUUUCAUUCCAUUUACCCCUCUUCGCCUUCUAUCUGUUAUUUUGCUUUCUCUUCUUUCAUUCCAUUUACCCCUCUUCGCCUUCUAUCUGUUAUUUUGCUUUCUCUUCUUUCAUUCCACUUACCCCUCUAUUCGCUGUAACUCGUUCCUUCCUUUCAUUUUUUUUAUUCCACUUUUUCUUCCCUCCUCCUCCUCUCUCACCAUGCCUUGCCUUUCUCUCUUUUUUUUUCUUUUCUCCUCUCUCAUAUCCUACUUUCUCAACCUUUUCCGCAUCUAAUUAA